CUCUCCCCCCUCCCCUCUGGUCGGAGGGGCGAGGUCCACAAACCGGUUGCUGCUCCGAUUUUCCGGCGGGGAAGAGGCGAAGGAGGAAGAUGGUUUGGGCCUCUUCCUUACUGCUGAAUGUCCCCUGAUUUGUCCCCGGAUUUGUCCCCGGAUUUGGGGGUCCAAAGGAGGGAGACCUAGGAGAGGGGGGGGCUUCUGUCAGCCUCCCCUCUUUCUCUCUCUCUCUUUCUCUCUCUCGCCGCCAUGGAAGGGACCAUGGAAGGGAGCUGAACCUCCUCCUCUGCCUCCUCUUCCUCGCCCUUCAGCAGCAUCACCACCAAUUGCUCUUCUUCUUCUCACCCAAGAAGGACAUCCUCCUCCUCUUCCUCCUCUCAUUCAGUCUUCUCUUUCCUCAACCAAGGAGGGGAAUGGACCCUUGGGGAAGCUGAGAUCAUCAUCAUCAUCAUCAUCAUCAUCCUCUUCUUCUUCUCUUCUUUGUCUGCUGGAUCUCAUCAGAGGGCAGUGAGUGGAGCCUCAGCAUCCUCCUCCUCCUCCUCUUGGAAGAGCCUCGCCCUUCAGCAGCAUCCUCCUCCUCCUCACCACCACCACCAGUAGCAGCCCUCUUCCUCUUCCUUCAGAAGGCAAGAAGAGACUCUCGAUCAAGGCGUGGGAGAAAGAAGGGCGGUCGAGCUUCAGCCUCCUCUUCCUUCUUCUCCAGCUUCAACUUGAGGCUCUCCCUCACCCUUCGUCCUCCUCCCCAAUUGCCCAGGAAAGAAGAAAAGCCAAGAGGAAGACAGUUGAGGCUCGGCAUCCUCCUCCUCACCAUCCUCCCCUUCCCUCAUCGCCUAGGAAAGAAGACAAGCCUAGAAGAAGACAGUUGAGGCUCGGCAUCCUCCUCCUCUUCCUCACCCUUCAUCCUCCCCUUCCCCAAUCGCCUGGGAAAGAAGAGAAGCCUAGAGAGGACAGUUGAGGCUCGGCAUCCUCCUCCUCCUCGCCCUUCAGCCUCCAACCAAUCGAUAGCAUUGAAGAAGGGAGAGUUGUGGGGCCUCCUUGAGGCUCAGCCUCCUCCUCUUCCUCCCCUAAUCGCCUGGGGAAGAAGAGAAGCCUGGAAGAAGGCAGUUGAGGCUCAGCAAUCCUCUUCCUCAGCCUUCAUCCUCCCCUUCCCCAAUCGCCUGGGAAAGGAGAAGCCUAGAAAAAGACAGUUGAGGCUCGGCAUCCUCCUCCUCCUCCUCCUCCUCCUCUUCUUCACCCUUCAUCCUCCCCUUCCCCAAUCUCCUGGGAAAGAAGUGAAGCCUAGAAGAAGACAGUUGAGGCUUGGCAUCCUCCUUCUCUUUCUCACCCUUCAUCCUCCCCUUCCCCAAUCGCCUGGGAAAGAGGAGAAGCCUAGAAGAAGACAGUUGAGGCUCAGCAUCCUCCUCCUCCUCUUCUUCACCCUUCAUCCUCCUCUUCCCCAAUCGCCUGGAGAAGAAGAGAAGCCUAGAAGAAGACAAUUGAGGCUCGGCAUCCUCCUCUUCCUCGCCCUUCAGCCUCAACUGAAUCAAUCAAUGAAUCGCAUUGAAGAAGGGAGACUUGUGGGAGCCCGUUGAGGCUCGGCCUCCUCUUCCUCGCCCUUCCUCCUCCUCCUCCUCAGUCACCUGGAAAAGAGGAGAAGCCUAGAAGAAGGCAGUGUGGGUCGGCAUCCUCCUCUUCCUCGCCCUUCAGCCUUCAACCAAUCAAUAGCAUUGAAGAAGGGAGACUUCUGGGAGCCCGUUGAGUCUCGCCUCUUCUUCCUCGCCCUUCAUCCUUCUCCCCAAUCUCUGGGAAAGAUGAGAAGCCUAGUAGAAGACAGUUGAGGCUCGGCAUCCUCUUCCUCGCCCUUCAGCCUCAACUGAAUCAACCAAUCAAUCGCAUUGAAGAAGGGAGACUUGUGGGAGCCGGUUGAGGCUCGCCUCUUUUUCCUCGCCCUUCCUCCUCCUCCUCCUGAGUCGCCUGGGAAAGAAGAGAAGCCUGGAAGAAGGCAGCUGAGUCUCGGCAUCCUCCCUCUUCCCCGCCCUUCCUCCUCCUCCUCCUCCUGAGUCGCCUGGGAGAGAAGAGGGGCCUAGGAGCGGACAGUUGAGGCUCGGGUGCGUCCUCCUCCUCCUCCUUCGUCUUCGGCGGGCGGCUCUCUCUUCCUCCGGACCCGCCUGGGCUGGGAUGCGUCUCCCCGCGGGGGGCUCGCCGGCCAGCUUGGAGACGAGGGCCCCCCCGGCGCCAUGGCGCGCUUUGGCGAGGAGCUGCCCAGCGGGCGCGGGCUGGGGCUCGGGGGUCCUCCCCGCGGGGGCAGCGGCGGCCUGGGGCCCGGGGGCGGGCUCGGGGGGCGGCCCAUGGCGGCGGGGGGCUCCUCGGCCCCGGCCCCCGCCGCCGCCGGCCCCCGCCCGCCCGUCUACAAGCAGUCCAAGGCCCAGCGGGCCCGCACCAUGGCCCUCUACAACCCCAUCCCCGUCAAGCAGAACUGCCUCACCCUCAACCGCUCCCUCUUCGUCUUCAGCGAGGACAACGCCGUGCGCAAGUACGCCAAGCGCAUCACCGAGUGGCCUCCAUUUGAGUAUAUGAUCUUGGCGACUAUUAUCGCGAACUGCAUUGUGCUGGCUUUGGAGCAACAUUUACCGGAUGGAGACAAGACCCCGAUGUCGGAGAGGCUGGAUGACACCGAGCCGUACUUUAUUGGAAUAUUUUGCUUUGAAGCCGGCAUCAAAAUCAUUGCGCUGGGGUUUGUCUUCCACAAAGGCUCUUAUCUCCGCAACGGCUGGAACGUGAUGGAUUUUGUGGUCGUCCUUACCGGGAUUCUUGCCACAGCUGGGACCCAGUUUGAUCUACGGACGCUGAGAGCCGUGAGAGUAUUGAGGCCGCUGAAGCUUGUCUCAGGAAUCCCAAGUUUACAGGUUGUCCUCAAGUCCAUCAUGAAGGCGAUGGUGCCUCUUCUCCAGAUCGGGCUCCUCCUCUUCUUCGCCAUUGUGAUGUUUGCCAUCAUUGGGCUGGAGUUCUACAUGGGCAAGUUCCACAAAGCCUGCUUCUCCAACGAAACAGGAGAGAGGCUGGGAGACUUCCCAUGUGGAGAAGAGAAACCUGCCAGGAUGUGUGAUGAAGGAAUAUGCAGGAAAUACUGGGAGGGCCCCAACUUUGGAAUCACCAACUUUGACAACAUCCUGUUUGCUGUGCUCACCGUCUUCCAGUGCAUCACGAUGGAGGGAUGGACGGACAUCCUCUACAAUACCAAUGACGCUGCAGGGAAUAUGUGGAAUUGGCUUUACUUCAUCCCACUCAUCAUCAUUGGCUCCUUCUUCAUGCUCAACCUGGUUCUUGGCGUCUUGUCAGGUGAGUUUGCCAAAGAACGAGAGCGAGUGGAAAACCGGCGCGCCUUCUUAAAACUCCGGCGACAGCAGCAGAUUGAAAGGGAACUCAAUGGCUACUUGGAGUGGAUCUUUAAGGCAGAGGAAGUGAUGUUAGCAGAAGAAGACAAGAACGCCGAAGAGAAGUCCCCCUUGGAUGGGAGGGCCACUUCUGAAGGCCCAAUUCUGCGAGGCACGGCAACGCUGGAGAUUAGCAGCGGCGGCAGCUGUAACAUCCUGAAAAGAGCCACCAUCAAGAAGAGCAAAAAUGACCUCAUCCACGCCGAAGAAGGGGAGGACCAUUUCACAGAUGUUUGCUCCGUUGGGUCUCCGUUUGCCCGGGCCAGCCUGAAGAGCGGCAAAAACGAGAGCUCCUCCUACUUCCGCAGGAAAGAGAAGAUGUUUCGGUUCUUCAUCCGGCGCAUGGUGAAGGCCCAGGGUUUCUACUGGAUGGUCCUCUGCGUGGUGGCCCUCAACACCUUGUGUGUCGCCAUCGUGCAUUAUGACCAGCCGGAGGGGCUCACCACCGCACUGUAUUUUGCAGAGUUUGUUUUCCUUGGCUUGUUCCUCACAGAGAUGUCCCUGAAGAUGUAUGGCCUGGGGGCAAGGAACUAUUUCCACUCCUCCUUCAAUUGCUUUGACUUUGGGGUGAUUGUGGGGAGCAUCUUCGAAGUCAUCUGGGCCGCGGUGAAGCCUGGUGCCUCCUUUGGCAUCAGCGUCCUGAGAGCUCUUCGGCUGCUGCGGAUUUUCAAAGUCACAAAGUACUGGAAUUCCUUAAGGAACCUUGUGGUCUCGUUGCUGAAUUCCAUGAAGUCCAUCAUCAGCUUGCUGUUCCUCCUCUUCCUCUUCAUUGUUGUCUUUGCUCUGCUGGGGAUGCAGCUCUUUGGAGGACAAUUUCAUUUCAACGAUGAAACACCAACCACCAACUUUGAUACCUUCCCUACUGCCAUUCUUACUGUAUUUCAGAUCCUGACUGGAGAAGACUGGAACGCAGUGAUGUAUCAAGGAAUUGAAUCCCAAGGAGGCGUCCACUCCGGGAUGUUCUCUUCCAUCUACUUCAUUGUCUUGACGCUGUUUGGUAACUACACGCUCCUGAAUGUCUUCUUGGCCAUUGCGGUGGACAACCUUGCCAAUGCACAAGAGCUGACCAAGGACGAGGAGGAGAUGGAAGAAGCCACCAACCAAAAGCUUGCUCUGCAGAAGGCCAAGGAGGUAGCAGACGUCAGUCCUCUGUCGGCAGCUAACAUUUCCAUAGCAGCUUUUGUAAAGCAAACUCGAGGUACUGUUUCUCGCAGCUCGUCGGUCUCCAGCGUAAAUUCACCCAAACAGCAGAAUGCCUCCAAGUCAAAAUCAGUGUGGGAACAGAGGACCAGUCAGAUACGGAUGCACAAUUUCCGGACCAGCUGUGAAGCCUUGUAUAGCGAGCUGGACCCAGAAGAAAGAGUGCGCUAUGCUACCAACCUCCACAUCAGACCAGAUAUGAAAACGCACUUGGAUCGGCCCUUGGUGGUUGAGCCGCGGAGCAAUGGGCGCAGCAACAACAACAUCAAUAAGCUAAGUCCCAGUGAUGUGCAAGAAGGAGAGGAGCAGCCCAAAGCCCCCACAAGUGAGGGCACAGAAGGGCCUCGGAAGCAUCACCGGCACCGAGAGAAAGACAAGACAGGGGAGCAGGAGAAGAGCCACACGGCCAAGGAGGAGAAUGGGGACACCGGCCCGAACCAUAAAGAGGAGCGUCGUCGGCCUCACCGAAGUCACAGCAAAGAAGGUGAAGGUGGCGGGAAGGAAGGGAAAAGCGAGCGCACCCGGGGUCAGGAUGGAGGGAGACGCCAUCACCGUCGGGGCUCUGUGGAGGAAGGAGCCGAGAAGGAGCAUCGGCGCCACCGGAGUCACCGCCACUCGGCUGAGCACCAAACCAAAGAAGGCAAUGGAGGCAUCAACGGGGCCAAGACGGAGCGCCGCUCACGUCACAGAGGAGGGUCCAGGCCUGGGAACCGGGAAGGAGACCCAAGCUCCAAAGGAGAAGGUGCAGAAGAGCCUCACAGACGGCACAGGAUGCGGCAAAAGGCACUCUCAACCUAUGAGUCGGUAGACAAGGAGAAUGGGGAGAAGGAGAGAGAGGCGGUGGAGAAAGAGCUGAGGAACCACCAGCCCAGGGAAGGUCACCAUGAGACGGAGUCUGGCGGGACCGUGACCAUGGCCCCUCUCCACACUUUGCCCACCACUUGCUUGCAAAGGGUGCCCGAGCAGCCGGAAGAUGCCGACAACCAGAAGAACGUCACCCGCAUGGCUCAACCGUCUCUGGAGAAGUCAACCGGUGUGAACAUUCCCGUCACGGUCACGGCCCCAGCUGGAGAUGCUGCCGUCAUACCAAUGAACAACGUUGAAUUUGAAACUAAAAUCGAAGAGAAGAAAGACAUGGAUGUGGACAAUGACUUGACAGAAAAUGGACCAAAACCAAUCUUGCCUUAUAGUUCCAUGUUCAUCUUAAGCCCUACGAACCCAAUCCGCCGCCUGUGUCACUACAUUGUGAACAUGCGCUACUUUGAGAUGGUCAUCCUCAUGGUCAUAGCCCUCAGCAGCAUUGCAUUGGCGGCAGAAGACCCCGUCCAAGCCGAGUCUCCAAGGAAUGAGGCCCUCAAGUACCUGGAUUAUAUAUUUACAGGUGUCUUUACCUUUGAGAUGGUGAUAAAGAUGAUUGACUUGGGUCUCCUUCUCCACCCUGGUUCCUACUUCCGUGACCUCUGGAACAUUCUGGAUUUUAUUGUGGUCAGUGGAGCUCUUGUUGCCUUCGCCUUUUCAGGUAACAAAGGGAAAGAUAUCAACACCAUCAAGUCCCUCAGAGUCUUGAGGGUCCUUCGGCCUCUGAAGACCAUCAAGCGCCUGCCCAAGUUGAAGGCUGUCUUUGACUGUGUGGUGAACUCUCUGAAGAACGUCCUCAACAUCCUCAUUGUUUACAUGCUCUUCAUGUUCAUCUUUGCGGUCAUUGCUGUGCAGCUCUUCAAGGGCCGGUUCUUCUACUGCACGGAUGAGUCCAAAGAUCUGGAGAAGGACUGCAGGGGCCAAUAUCUAGCGUAUGAUAAAGAUGAAGUGGAAGCUCAACCAAGGCAAUGGAAGAAAUAUGAAUUCCACUACGACAAUGUCCUCUGGGCUUUGUUGACCCUGUUCACUGUCUCCACGGGAGAGGGCUGGCCGACCGUCCUGAAGCAUUCUGUUGAUGCCACCUAUGAGAACCAAGGCCCAAGUCCGGGUUACCGAAUGGAAAUGUCCAUCUUCUACGUGGUGUACUUUGUCGUUUUCCCCUUCUUCUUUGUGAACAUAUUUGUUGCCUUGAUCAUCAUCACCUUCCAGGAGCAAGGGGACAAAGUUAUGUCUGAAUGCAGCCUGGAAAAAAAUGAGAGAGCUUGCAUUGACUUUGCCAUAAGUGCCAAGCCCCUGACCCGCUACAUGCCUCAGAACAAGCAGUCCUUCCAGUACAAGAUGUGGAAGUUUGUCGUCUCGCCGCCUUUUGAGUAUUUUAUCAUGGUCAUGAUUGCUCUCAACACCAUUGUGCUCAUGAUGAAGUUUUAUGGUGCCCCAGACCCCUAUGAAGACAUGCUGAAAUGUCUCAAUAUUGUGUUUACAUCCAUGUUUUCGCUGGAAUGCGUGUUGAAGAUUAUUGCCUUUGGCGCACUGAAUUAUUUCCGCGAUGCCUGGAACAUCUUUGAUUUUGUCACAGUCUUGGGAAGUAUUACUGAUAUUUUAGUAACAGAGAUUGCGGACAAUUUCAUCAACCUCAGCUUCCUCCGGCUCUUCCGGGCGGCCAGGCUGAUCAAGCUCCUCCGCCAGGGCUAUACCAUCCGGAUCCUGCUCUGGACCUUCGUCCAGUCGUUCAAGGCCUUGCCAUACGUCUGCCUCCUCAUUGCCAUGCUCUUCUUCAUUUACGCGAUUAUCGGCAUGCAGGUAUUUGGAAACAUUGCUUUAGAUGAUGACGGUGCCAUCAAUCGACACAAUAACUUUCAGACUUUUUUGCAAGCCUUGAUGCUUCUUUUCCGGAGUGCGACUGGAGAGGCCUGGCAUGAAAUCAUGCUUGCGUGCCUAAGCAACCGGGCCUGCGACCAGCUCUCCAACCUCAGCAAAAAUGAAUGUGGCAGCGACUUUGCCUAUUUUUACUUUGUCUCCUUCAUCUUCCUCUGCUCCUUUCUGAUGUUGAACCUCUUUGUGGCUGUAAUCAUGGACAACUUUGAGUACUUGACACGCGACUCUUCCAUCCUAGGACCCCACCAUCUUGAUGAGUUUAUUCGAGUGUGGGCAGAAUAUGACCCAGCUGCCUGUGGGCGCAUCAGUUACACAGACAUGUAUGAGAUGCUGAGACACAUGUCUCCACCACUUGGACUGGGAAAGAAAUGCCCAGCUCGGGUAGCCUAUAAGCGUUUGGUAAGAAUGAACAUGCCCAUUUCAAACGACGACUUAAGUGUCCACUUCACAUCUACGUUGAUGGCCUUGAUCCGGACAGCUCUGGAGAUCAAACUCGCAUCAGGAGUCCUGCAACAUCAGUGCGAUGCUGAGUUAAGGAAGGAGAUCUCGCUUGUGUGGCCCAAUCUUUCCCCAAAGACCCUGGAUCUGUUGGUGCCACCUCAUAAACCAGAAGCAAUGACCGUGGGCAAAGUCUAUGCAGCCCUCAUGAUCUUUGACUUCUAUAAACAGAAUAAAAACACAAGGGACCCUUCGCACCCAGCCUCGGGAGGUCGCCAGACUGGGACGGUUUCUCUCUUCCAGCCCUUGAAAGCAGCCCUUGAGCAAAGCCAACCAGUGUUUCCCAAUGCCUUCCUGCGGCAAAAGAGCUCUGCUUCACUAAACAAUGGAGGUGCACUGCCAACGCCAGAGGUCGGAGGGAUCAAAGAAUCAGUUUCGUGGGGCACUCAGCGGACUCAGGAUGUGUUUUAUGAAACAAGGACACCAGCUUUUGAGCGUGGCCGUUCCGAGGAAAGUUCCAUUCAACCGAAAAGCAAGCAGGGAGUUGAAAUGCGAGAGAUCAGCCCAACUCAGGUUAAUGGAGAACACCAACUUAGCCUGGAGAGCCAGGGGCGAGCAGCUUCCAUGCCACGCUUGGCAGCUGAAACUCAGCCCAUCCCGGACACAAGUCCCAUGAAGCGUUCCAUCUCCACGUUGAACCCGCAGCGUCCUCAUGCCACGCACCUCUAUGAACAUUCCCGACCAGCUGAACACACUCACCACCAUCACCACCACCGCUGCCACCGAAGGAAAGAAAGGAAACAAAAGUCUGUGGACAAGCCGCCCAACCACAUGGCCGACGGCGAUGCUCCUGGAGCCGAUGCUGCAUCCAAAGUGAAGAAGCAAGAGCGGGGGCGGUCCCAAGAACGGAAGCUGCACUCCUCUUCUUCCUCCGAGAAGCAGCGCUUCUACUCCUGCGACCGAUACGGAAGCCGAGAGCAUUCUCAGCCCAAGCCGUCGGAGCGCAGCCGGCCAACCUCCCCCAACGGCGGGCAGGAGCAUGAGACCCAGAAACAGGGCAGUGGCUCAGUUAAUGGGAGCCCCUUGCUGUCGACCUCUGGUGCUAGCACCCCGUGCCGCGGGCGGAGACAGCUGCCGCAGACGCCGCUGACCCCGCGCCCCAGCAUCACGUACAAGACCGCCAAUUCCUCGCCGGUGCACUUCCCGGGUUACCAGACCGGCCUGCCGACCUUCUCCCCGGGACGCCUGAGCCGGGGCCUCUCUGAGCACAACGCUUUGCUGCAUGGCGACUCCCAGGGCCCUUCCUCGCAGACCCUGGUGGCACGGAUCGGGUCGGAUCCUUACCUGGUCCACCGGGAGGACAGCGACAGCCCUGACCACGCCGUGCCUGAGGACACGCUCACCUUCGAGGAGGCCCUGGCUACAAAUUCGGGACGCUCCUCCCGGACGUCUUACGUCUCCUCGCUGACAUCCCAAUCCCACCAAAUCCGUAGAGUCCCCAACGGGUUCCACUAUACCUUGGGCCUCAGCGCCGGCCCCGGGACGAGCACUCGGGCGCGGAGUUAUUACCACGAACGAGACGAAGAUGAUUGGUGCUAGCAGGACCAAACCCGUUCUCUGCACACUGGGAAUCGAUGAGUUUUAUCAUCUCCGUGUCUGUGCUUGCACGCAUGUUCAGCCCCAUGGUAUCCAGGCUGGAGGGGGAAUGAGGGGGUGACCAGUACCUCCACACGCACCGAGACGACUGCCCUACGAUGCACCUACAAGACCAUGGGAGAUGACACCGGCUUUUCUGGUUGCACCUCAUCUCUUAUCAGGCACCAGAUCAAAUUGGAGAAGGAAAGUCCGAGGUGGGAAGAGCUGGCUCCUACUUUGCUCCAUCUUGCCUUGUCGAGGUCAACUUCUUCCCUUGCCCCUUGCCCACCCAACGAGAUGACAAAUCUGUAGUGAAUGCAAAGAGCCAAGAGUGAGGAAGGUUGAACUUGGUUCCGUAGACCUUUCUGGCACACAGUUGCUAAGAUGGAGAUGAAGGUUGUGCACAAACUCCAGGAACACAGUUGGUAGGAAGGAGAAGAAGCUUGUACACAAACUCCAGAAGCUGGUUUCUCUUUUCCACUCUUUCCAAGUUGGAAGUUGCUGAGCUGGACAUUUGGGCUUCUUCCUCGCCGGCCAACGAUCCUUCUCAACGGAGCCAGAAACACAACCUGUCAGCCAACAAGAGGCACCAAGUUGCCAUUCAUGAUCCUGUUUCAUUUCCACAUUGAUGUCAAAGUUCCCAAGGAGAGCGAGCGAUUUUGGGGCAAGGACAGUGUUCGAGCUGCUGCUCACUUAUUUGAGAUUUUCUCUGUGUGUAAACACAAGGUGACUCUUCGAUCACUUCCAUCUUGUUUACAAAUCCGUGUGUGUGCGGGAGGGGGGAAAAAACCCAGAGGGGAAGGAGAUGUAAUGGAGGUUUUCUAUUGGAUAAACUUUAACUUUCCAUUGUGUGCAUUCUUUUUGGUGAAAUGUGCAGCGAAAGAAGAAGACAAACAAAAGGCAAAGAGUCCUCCGCUGUAGAGAACUCGUCCGGUGGUCGUUCCAGCCCUACUGUUGUUGUUGUUCUUUUUCUUACCGAAGGCGCCAGUUCUUCACUUCUUAAGUGCCUAACCUUGGGAAUCUCUCACAGUGGUGACGCAUGUUUAGGACGCAUCAGGAGGACAUGAGAAGAGAGGCAGGGAAGAUUGUGCCCACGUCUUGGGAAGGGGCAUAAUCUCCAGAGCUCUGAGCUCAAUUCGAAGCAGAGUUGAAUCUUUUUGUCUAUCCGCAGGGAGGGUCAACAUGUUCAGAUGUUGUCGCUUUUCAACAUCUCAACAUCCCAGGGUCCAUACUUUUGCAAGAAAGUGGGACCCUUGGUUGGUUCCUAUCAAGGCAAUUGGAGCGGCACCCUCAACCCUGCGAGAGAGGCGAAAUAGAGAAAGAAGGGAACCUAAUUCCGAUUCUCAGGGAUGAGAUUUCUGUUUCUGGUUUUGUUUCUCUUUUUCUUUUAAUCCGUGUGCGUGCGUGCAUGCAUGUGUGUGUCAGCUACUUCUUUGGUGUAUGUGUGUGUUUCUGUAUAUGCACAUGCUCGUCGCAAACCCGGGGACAAUAUUAUCCAUCAAACAACAGGCCUGUCCCGUCGUGGUGGGCACAGAUUCGACCUGAAAGGGCAAAAAUAGAGCUAUGUUUGGAGAGGGAGGCGGUUAUAACGAAAUGGACUGUAAGGAAGAGAUGUGGUGAAAAAUUAUAAUUUUGGAGGAUGUAAUGUUGAGAUUAUGGGCAUUGUUUGGAGACUGAAUAGCGGAGAGGGAGGCGGUCGUGACAAAAUGGACUUGUAAGGAAAAGAUGUGGUGAAAAGUUAUAAUUUUUGGAGGACGUAAUAUUGAGAUUAUGGAUGCCCCAAAAGCAGAUCUGUGCUAAUAUGGGGAUCAUACAUUUUGUGGUUAAGGAACCAGGACUGAGCAUACACUUGAUCAGGGGUCCCUAAACUAAGGCCCGUGGGCCACAUGCGGCCCUCCAAGGUCACUUACCUGGCCCCUCUCCUAAACUUUAGACUUAGGGUUGACCUAAGUCUACCUGGUCUUUGGAGGUCUCUUUGCUUAUCUAUGGUCUUAUGAGAUCGUCUAGAUGGUCUUUGAAGGUCUCUUUGCAAAGCUAAAGCCUUAUGAGACCAUCUAGAUGGCUUUUGGAGGUCACUUUCCUUACUUCUGGUUUUAUGAGAUUGUCUUGAUGGCCUUUGGGGGCCCCUUUCCUUACCUAUGGUCUUAUGAAACCAUCUAGAUGGUCUUUGAGGUCCCUUUUCUUAUCUAUGGUCUUCUGAUGGCCUAGUGAGAUCAUCUAGAUCACCUUUGGGGGCCCCUUUCCUCACCUAUGGUCUUAUGAAACCAUCUAGAUCAGGGGUCCUCAAACUUUUUAAGUGGAGGGCCAAUUCACUGUCCCUCAGAUUGUUGGGGGGGGGGACUAUGAUGUAAUUGUCCAAAAUAGGAUUGCUGUUGUUGUGUGCCUUCAAGUCAUUUCAGACUUAGGUCAACCCUAAGUCUAAAGUUUAGGACAGAGGCCAGGUAAAUGACCUUGGAGGGCCCAUGGGCUUUAGUUUGGGGAUCCCUGAUCUAGAUGAUCUCAUAAGACCAUAGGUAAACAAAGAAACCUCCAAAGACUAUCGAGAUGGUCUCAUAAGAUCAUAGGUAAGGAAAGGGAUCCUCAAAGACCAUCUAGAUGGUUUCAUAAGACCAUAGGUAAAGAAAGGGACCCUCAAAGGUCAUCUAGACCGUCUCAUAGGACCAUAGGUAAGGAAAGGGACCUUCAAAGGUCAUCUAGAUGGUCUCAUAGGACCAUAGGUAAGGAAAUUGACCUUCAAAAGCCAUCUAGAUGGCCUCACAAGGCCGUAGCUAAGCAAAGAGGCCUUCAAAGACCAUCUAGACGAUCUCAUAAGUAAGCAAAGAGACCUUCAAAGACCAGGGAGACUUAGGUCAACCCUAAGUCUAAAGUUUAGGACAGGGACCAGGUCAGUGACCUUGGAGGGCCACAUCUGGCCCAUGGGCCUUAGUUUGGGGACCCCUGAUCUAGGUGGUCUUUGAGGUCCCUUUUCUUAUCUAUGGUCUUCUGAUGGCCUUAUGAGAUCAUCUAGAUGGCCUUUGAGGGUCCCUUUCCUUACCUAUGGUCUUAUGAGACCAUCUAGAUGGUCUUUGGAGGUCUCUUUGCUUACCUAUAGUCUUAUGAGAUUGUCUAGAUCAUGGACCUCCAAGGCCAUUGACCUGGCCUCUGUCCUAAACUUUAGACUUAGGGUUAACCUAAGUCUGAAAUGACUUGAAGGCACACAACAACAGCAACAAUCCUAAUUUUGGACUAUUUCAUCCUAGUCCGGCCCCCCAACAGUCUGAGGGACCGUGAAUCGGCCCUCCACUUAAAAAGUUUGAGGACCCCUGCACUUGAUGAUAUACCUGUGGGCAGUCUUGCACAACAUACAACCCGCGGGCCAUUUACAACACCGUGAAGGGUUCGGGGCGACCCAAAGAGGUUGCCACUCUCACCAGUUCCCCACAUGUUGUUCCCUGCGUAUCCCUGCUUUCUAUUGCAGCACCCUUGUCUGUCCCCAUUAAUGAGAUUCCCCAUUGAUUUCCUAUGGGGCGAUUCCCCUACCCCACUCGCACCCCCAUGUCUUAGGUCUAGGAAGAGGUUUUAAGCGAACCAAAGGUCAUGUCCUGCUUUGGAAAAGGAUCUAUAUAAAUAGAUGCCACAUUUGCUCUCCUCCAGUCUGUUUGGACUUCUCCUGUGGUAUAUCUUUCAAAUAUUUUUAAUUCUUUCUCAAAGUAAUUAAAAAGAUGCACUUGGGUUGCUCAUUUGAAAGGUUUUAAACAUGCCAGGAACUGUGUUGUCGAAGGCUUUCAUGGCCAGAAUCGCUGGUUGCUGUGAGUUUUCCGGCCUGUAUAACCAUGUUCCAGAAGCAUUCCCUCCUGAGGUUUCGCCCACUAUGUUCCAGAAGCAUUCUCUCCUGAUGUUUCACCCACAUCUAUGCCAGGCAUCCUCAGAGGUUGCGAGGUCUGUUGGAAACUAGGCAAGUGGGGUUGAUAUAUCUGUGGAAUGAUGUCCAAGGCUGGAGAAAGAACUCUUGUUUGUUUGAGGCAAGUGCUUAGUAUUGAAUGGCCUUGCAGCUUCAAAGCCUGGCUGCUUCCUGCCUUCGACAACACAUUAGUUAAUAGUUGGGACUUCUUAAAUAAUAGCUCUCCAGCAACCAGAAACUACAUUCAUCCAGCACCUACCAAUAGGAUUUUAAUGGUGUGUUUCAUAUUGUAUUUAACAAAUAAAUAAUUUUCAUGUAUUUAUUUGUUUGCCCUGUAAGUGAAAGACCUAUGGAAUAUCCAGGGUGGGAGAAAGUGUGUGGAUGUUGCAAUUGGCCACCUUGAUCGCCAUUGAAUGACCUUGCAGCUUCAAAGCCUGGCUGCAUCCUGCCUGGGAGAAUCCUAUGUUGGGAGAUAUAGGCCUAGUUUCCAACAGACCUCACAACCUCUGAAGAUGCCUGCCGUAGAUGUGGGCAAAACGUCAGGAGAGAAUGCUUCUGGAAAAUGACCAUACAGCCCGGAAAAACUCACAGCAACCCAUGCCAGAAACUAAUUACUUUGGGGCCUUGGGUUAUGACUAGUAACUACUUAUUAUUAUUAUUAUUAUUAUUAUUAUUAUUAUUAUUAUUUUAAAACUACCAAACUCUGGUCAUCCCACUGGCACUGGAGCAGUUUUCGUUUUUCUAUGAGUUGCAAUUUUUAUUUAUUUUUCCAAGCGUUGGUGCUUUCUAUGGACACUAGGUGUUGCUGCAGUGCCUAUUGUUGAGCGGAAAAAAAAUGAUUCAGAAUCAGAACUGCUGGUAGAAAUAAGGGGGGGGGGAAGCAUCCAAAGAUGGGUUGCUGUGAGUUUUCUGGGUGGUAUGGCCAUGUUCCAAAAGCAUUCUCUCCUGACGCUUCGCCCACAUCUGUUCAAUUGUUUCAAAGCUCCCUGCUUGGGCGGUGAUGGCACGAGAGAAGCCUCCCAGAGGAUGGUAAAACAUCCAGGCAUCCGCUGGGCAACGUCCUUGUAGAGGACCAAUUCUCUCACUCCAGAAGCGACUUGCAGCUUUUCAAGUUGCUAUUGACACAAAAUAAAAUCUGGUUGACAUUUUGAGUAGGAUCCAAACGCAAAUUGAGUUGACCCUAAUUCUGGUUUGAGGGGCUCUGAAAUUGCAUGUAGCCCACACCCUGUACUAAUGUUACUCAUUGUUUAUACUUUUUUGCAUCUGGAUAUAUGAACCGGCAUAUGCAAACGGAUGCAAAUCUGUGUCCUCUUUUGGGACAGGGCUGAUUUGUGAAGCCAGGACGAUCUGUUGCGGAUCAUGGGCAUGAUUUUUUGUUUUGUUUCCAAACCACCAACAACAAUGUUGUAGGGCUAUGCAACAGGAAGAAGCUUUUCGCAGACGGAAACCGAUCCAAAGGGGAAGUUGGGAGGGAAGAGAGGCCAGUGAGCAAAAAAUUAUUUAUUUAUAUAUAUAUAUAUAUAUAUAUAUAUAUAUAUAUAUAUAUACACACACACACACACACACACACACACACACACACACACACAUACAUACAGACUCGUCAUCCAUUCUGGAGCUUUCCCUCCUGGGUUCUCCCCCUCCUGUUUCAGGCGACAGCAUGACCGUGACCAAAUGUUUUCUACAUUUUACUCUGUCAAAGGCACAAUCCUUUUCUUGGGGGAAAUUUUUUAAAAACAGGAAAACCUUUUUUAAAAGACGAUUCCAUCCGACUCCAGGAGAUCAUGGGGUGGAAACACUUCUCCAACCGACCGACCGUGCAUGCAAUCAAUCCGAGAUGAAGGCAAAUGGCUUUUAUUUUUCUUUGUCGUGGUCUCGAUUAAUUACAGUCUCUGCUCCCCAUCUUUGUACAUGUCCGUUUAAUGUGACAGGCCCACCAAAGGAGGCCUCUCAUCUACACUGGCCGUUUAAUGCAGUUCAAAGCUAGAUAAUUUGAAGUGAGCCUUGUGCGACGCGGCGAGAUAAUAAACCAUUAUGGGAAGGAAGGAAAAAGUAAGGAAGGAAAAAGCAAGGAAGAAAAAAAGGAGAUAGGCAGACAGGGAGGAAAGAAGGAAAGAGAAGUAGGGAAGGGAGGAGAAAACUAGGGAAGGAAAGAAGCAAGAAAGGCAAGGCAGGCAAGCAAACAGGCAAGCAGGAAGGCAAGCGGGCAGGAAAGCUGGCAAGCAGGCAAAUAGGCAGGCAGGAAGCUGGUAAGAAAGCAAGCUGGUAAGCAGGCAAACAGGCAGGCAGGUAAGCUGUCAAGCGGGUAAACAAACAAUCUGGUAAGCAGUCAAACAGGCAGGCAGGCUGGCAAAGUGGUUAAGCAAGUAAGUUGGUAAGGCAGGUAGGCUAACAGGCUGGUAAGCAUGCAAACAAGUAAGCAGGUAAGCUGGCACAUUGGUAUGCAUGCAAACAAGUAGGCAGAUAGGCUGGCAAGUUGGUAAGUUAGCAACCCUUUUUUUCGUGUCAGGAGCGACUUGAGAAACUGCAAGUCACUUCUAGUGUGAGAGAAUUGGCCGUCUGCAAGGACGUUGCCCAGGGGACAUUGCCUGGAUGCUUUACCAUCCUGUGGGAGGCUUCUCUCAUGUCUCCACAAGGGAAGCAGGAGCCAACAGGUGGAAGCUCACCCCACUCCCCGGAUUCAAACCACUGACCUUUUGGUCAGCAGUCCUCUGAACACAAGAGUUUAAUCCAUUGCUCCACUGGACGGGCAGGCAAGGAAGCAGGAAGACAGGCAGGCAGGCAAGCUGGCAAACAAAAGACAGGCAAGCAAGCAGGCAGGUAGGCAAACUGGUAAGAUGGCAAGCAGGCAGGCAAGCUGGCAAUAGAGUUGUGCACAUAUUUGUUUUCUUCUGUUUCUUUUGGUACCUUCGGGACCACGUAACAGUUAGGACCCUCCGGGUACAAAAGGGUUUAAUCCAGGGGUCCCCAAACUAAGGCCCGUGGGCCGGAUGCAGCCCUCCAAGGUCAUUGACCUGGGCCCUGUCCUAAACUUUAGACUUAGGGUUGACUUAAGUCUACCUGGUUUUUGGAGGUCUCUUUGCUUACCUGGGAUCUUAUGAGCUCGUCUAGAUGGUCUUUGAAGGUCUCUUUGCUUAGCUACGGCCUUAUGAGACCAUCUAGAUGGCUUUUGGAGGUCACUUUCCUUACCUAUGGUUUUAUGAGAUUGUCCAGAUGGCCUUUGGGGGCCCCUUUCCUUACCUGUGGUCUUAUGAAACCAUCUAAAUGGUCUUUGAGGGUCCCUUUCUUUACCUAUGGUUUUAUGAGAUUAUCUAGAUGGCCUUUGAGGGCCCCUUUCCCUACAUAUGGUCUUAUGAAACCAUCUAGAUGGGCUUUAAGGGUCCCUUUCCUUAUCUAUGGUCUUCUGAUGGCCUAAUGAAAUCAUCUAGAUAGUCUUUAAGAGUCCCUUUCCUUACCUAUGGUCUUAUGAGACUAUCUAGAUGGUCUUUGGAGGUCUCUUUGCUUACCUAUGGUCUUAUGAGAUUGUCUAGAUCAGGGGUCCCCAAACUAAGGCCCUCCAAAGCCAUUUACCUGGCCUCUGUCCUAAACUUUACACUUAGGGUUGACUUAAGUCUGAAAUGACUUGAAGGCACACAACAACAAUAAUCCUAAUUUUGGACUAUUUCAUCAUAGUCCGGCCCCCCAACAGUCUGAGGGACUGUGAAUCGGCCCUCCACUUAAAAAGUUUGAGGAACCAGCGUCACCGGGGGCUCCUUCCUCUAGAAUAGGAAACAGCUUUAAGAACGUUCCUCCUUUAAAUGCCUUGGAAAGACUGUGUGCAGGUCCGAGAGAGAAAGCAUAUGCACCAGCCUGCAGCACGUUUCUCCUCCUCCUCUAGAGUAGGAGACAGCUUGAAUGCCUAAAAUGAUGGGAAGGGGAGCCUAGGGAGUCUCCCUCAUAAUGGGCUGGAUACAAGACGAAUCCUGUCUUCCCUCCUGAACUCGGGAGCCUCCCGAAAAAACGGACACCGAAACGGAUCGCGGUUUACGCGGAUUGCACAAGCCUAGUAGGCCAGCAGGAAGCCAGGUAGGAAAGAAGCAAGUGAGGAAGAACAAGGAGGGAAUGGGCAGAGAGAGCAGGGAAGGAAAGUGGAAGAAAGGGAAGGGAAGAAGAGAGAAAUAAAAGGUAGCUGUUGCACUGCAACCCCAUUGGAAAGACUACCAAAAGUGAUAGCAACGUUAUGGAAAAUCAGUAGAUAUAGUAGGAGAAGAAAGAGGUCAGUGCCGGUUCUCCGGUGGCGAGGGGAGAUGCUUGUUGUCAAACAGCCUUAACGUCGUCUUUUUUUGUCAAUGCACAGCCAAGGCUCUGUUGCAGUUAAAGUUCUUUCAUGACUAUGUCUCAUCCAAAGCACAGCGGUGCCUUUGCGGUACUAGAUCAGGUUCCUUCCCACUCCAUAAAAGGAUUGCAUUUGAAACAAAAAAAAAAUUCUGAUUUGGAACACCCAUUUUCUUCCCAGUUUUAAAAACAACUCAACAUGGAGUCUAAUCGUUGAAAAAUCACGACAGUUUUUGCACAACGGAGACCAAGUCAUCCAUGAGGCUUGAAUCAGUCCUGACUUGAAUGUUCUCUGGGUUUCAUGGGACAUAGUUUGUACUAACUUUAGCUCCACCAAGGCCCAAAUAUCUCCCAGAAUUCUAGAAUUGCCAAAACUUGAAGUACAACACUCCCAUUUUCUGCAUCCCGAAAUCAAUCUUGUGGUGGCUGUAUUUUGAAUAAGUAACGUUUGCAUGUAAAAAAAAAAAUUAUAUAUACAUAUAUACAUAUGAUAUAAAUAUAUAUAUAUAUAAAUAUAUGUAUUUAUAUAUAUAUAUAUAAAUACAAAAAAACUGUGCAUGGGAAAAUGUUUAUCUUCAUACUUUUUGAUACCAUGUAUUCCUCGGUUGUUAAUUUUUAAUUAUAUUUGAUAUCAACUCGGGGGUUUGUUGCAAAACUUUAUAUUGAAAACCAAGAAAAACAGUGUUACAAAAAAAAAAUUAAACAAGAAAAGAAAACGAAAAGCAAACCCGGAAAGGUUCCAAACAUGCAACACAAUCGGAACUGAACGGGGGGGAAAUGAGUUCUGUGAUUGACUAUUUGAGUAAUAUUUACCUGCUGCCUGAGUAAUAUUUAUCAGCCAAACUUUGAAUUCUGCUGUUGUUUCUAAAAUUACAUUUUGUAUGAAGCAAAGUUCCUUGAAUUAAAAUAAAACCUUAGGGGGAAAAAAUAAUACAUUGAA